CUUCACGUCACCACCUCCUCCACAUCCACCUGCAUGUACUUACACCCGAUCUGACCCGGCAAACACGAUGUUGUCGUUGUUGACAGGCAUUGCGAUAAUGGAGCCUUGAUGGUUGAGCCUCAGCCAGACUCUCGCCAUGCCAAGGCACACACCAUCGACCUCGCUACUUGAACCUCAACAUCACGUAUACCAUGCAGCCCGUAUCUACGCCAUGAAGCCCGGGUACCCGGUUUUGGAGUCCUUCGCUUUCAAUGCUCCGGAUGAUAUUCGGAUCAUUCGUCAGCCCGAUCUGUCACUAGCGCCCUGCGACUGCAUGAACAAGCACCCCGACCUCGGUUUUCAGGGUCUUGUAGCUCGAGCUGUACAACAGUUCCAAAAAGCAAGCCAUGCCAUGUUCUGCGUGACAACAGAGUACAAGCAAUUCCAGCCAUGCGGGUCCUGGAACCCCUGCCAGCUGAGCCUUACGGAGCUGGGUUGGAAAUGUGCAACGUCAGGGAAGAUGGUCAAUCAGCUUCGAGAGUUCACGGUAAGCAACAAAAGGGACUGUUCUGAGCUAGCUCGUCAGCCUUAUUGUGCUUCCGUGUCUUAGAGUCAUCCACCAGGUACACACGAAUGAGGAGAAACCUAAUCAACACUUUGGUACUGCUACUGUAUACUUUCUUAGCGGCGGAGACCGGCAUGCUCUAGUCUAUCCUCACAGGCUUUCUAGCGUUUCGCGAAAUCCUUCCAAUCAGCAUUUCCAGGCUAUAUGGUCAUUCGCUCGGUAUAGACGCAUUCUUUCAGCCAGAAUAUGUACAG